UCCCUCCCCCCAAACAACCACUCAAUUUCAAAUUCAAAAUCCUCCGACCUCCUCUCUCUCUCUCUCUGCCAUGGCUGACACUGCAAUCGCCGAAAUGCCCAACAGGAAGCCAAGGGCCAGCCGAAGGGCACUCAAGGACAAAAACCCAUCUGGAAAUUCAGCCAAUAUCCUCGCAGGAAAGGUCUCGGACGCCACUCCGAGCCCAAUCCAAACACCAUCGGACUCCAACCCAGCGAAGGAGAACCACGAGAGUCUCUCUCAGACUCGCACCUCCCCCAAGAAGUCGGCCAAAGCUGCGGCUUCUAAGAAACAGGCCAAGCAGAAGAAGACCCAACCGUCGUCAUUCGAGAAAGAACUCGAAGAAAUGCAAGAGAAGCUGCAAGCGAUGAAGCUUGAGAAGGAGAAAACCGAGGAGCUCCUGAAGGAGAAGGAUGAGAUCUUGAAGACCAAGGAGGAAGAUCUCGCAAUGAAGGGCCGAGAGCAAGACAAGCUUCAGAUGGAGUUAAAGAAGCUGCAGAAGAUCAAGGAGUUCAAACCCACCAUGGCAUUCCCAAUUGCUCAACCAGUGCAAGACAAGAAAAAGAAGGGUUGCCCUGAGAAGAAAAGGCCAGCUCCUGCUUACAUCUUAUGGUGCAAAGAUCAAUGGGCUGAGAUCAAGAAGGAGAACCCUGAAGCAGAUUUUAAGGAAGUCUCAAACAUUUUGGGGGCCAAGUGGAAGAACGUCAGUGCUGAAGAGAAGAAGCCUUACGAAGAGAGGUACCAGGCCGAGAAGGAAGCUUACCUGAAAGUGACUACAAAAGAGAAGCGCGAGGUGGAAGCAAUGCAUCUCUUGGAGGAGGAGAACAAGCAGAAGACAGCUAUGGAGUUGCUUGAACAAUACCUACAGUUCAAGCAAGAAGCCGAAAUGGAGAACAAGAAAACCAAGAAGGAAAAGGAUCCAUUGAAACCCAAGCAUCCAAUGUCGGCAUUUUUUCUGUUCACAAACGACAGGCGACCAGCUCUGGCUGCAGAGAACAAAACUGUCACUGAGGUUGCAAAGAUCACGGGUGAAGAAUGGAAAAACAUGACGGAGGUGCAAAAAUUGCCGUAUGAGGAGAUGGCUAGGAAGAACAAGGAGAAGUAUAUGCAAGAGAUGGAGGUUUACAAGCAGAAUAAGGAAGAGGAAGCUUCCAAUCUCAAAAAGGAAGAGGAAGAGCUGAUGAAACUGCAAAAGCAUGAAGCCUUGCAGCUUCUCAAGAAGAAGGAGAAGACUGAAAACAUAAUCAAGAAAACGAAGGAGGAGCAGAAGAAAAAGAAGAAGGAAGACAUGAAGAAUGUUGACCCCAACAAGCCCAAGAAGCCUGCAUCCUCUUACCUCUUGUUCAGCAAGGAAGCAAGAAAGGCUCUGUUGGAGGAGAGACCAGGGACUAACAGCACCACCAUUACUGCAAUGAUUUCACUGAAAUGGAGGGAAAUGAAGGAAGAAGAGAAAAAGGGUUGGAAUGAGAAGGCAGCUGAAGCAAUGCAAGCAUACAAGAAGGAGGUAGAGGAAUAUAACAAAAGUGCUGCUGCUGCAUCUACCUCUGUUAAUUGAUGAUCAGACGGUGUUCAAAUGUUGGUGAAACAUUUGUAGGAGUUUCAUGCCCAUCACUUUGAUGGCUAAUUUGACUUUCUUCUUUCUUUAGUGUCAACUUUGAUGUCAACCUUAGCAUUUGCUAACUAUGAAUGAAAGAUUUGAAUGAUUCAAAUUCAAGA